AUGGCUACGUACCCUCGGCGCCCUGGCACGGCUUCGGAUCAACGGCACCAGGCAGGCAAGCCGCAGCUGCUAAGGGACUCAACGUACUCUGGUGGCCGGCGGAUCAAGUCGUCGUCCGCGCCGCCGACCGCAGCAGGCACCAGGGAUGCAAACGCGGGCGAGAGCAUCGAUCACCAGGACGAUUAUGAGGUUCUGCCAACAGCUGGACUUGAGAUCCACUGCCGCAGCGAAACACUGGGACCACUUCAACCUUCGCAAAUAUACCCGCUCCGGCCGACCGUCGAGAAGGAAAGGACCCCGCUGUCGUACUCCGAUGUUGGGCAACGGACACUUCGAAGGAGAGAGACGUCGAGUCCAACCGGCGAGGGAAAUCAAGAAGCCGACGAUCAAGAAGACUAUGGUCGGGUCGUCCGUUGCGAGGAGCCCAGGUUGGACCAAGGCACUACAGUGGUAGGGCAGAAAGGGGCGUACACAGCCGACAACGAGCUGGUCACCAACCCGUUCUUCUCCACGCCCCAGAAUGCGGCAGACUAUCAUCCUGCAGAAGGAGACUGUCAAUCGGCGGGCAGGCAAGACCGAGGCGCGACGGUGGUACUCUCGUCCACCGUACUUCUAAGUCCGCGAGGAAGAGCCAGAACCUCAACUCCCUCUACCGCCUUUGCAGCUGAAUGGAGAGCCGUCAGUCAAGACAACGAGGCAGAUUGGGCAUACAGCCUCUCCCCCAGACCGCAUACGACCCAAGACAGCUAUUUUGGCGGCGGCUCUUGGCACGAUCCUCCAACAGCUUACUCAUCGAAUGCCCGAUGCGAACAGCGUUGGGCGCCAUCAGACGCUAAGAGUGGACAGCACGGUACAAGCAAGGACCCUGCCGACCUCUUGGAAAUUCUAUGGGGGCAAGGAAGUGUCUCUGCCGCCCACGGAAGACACGGACUAGCAAAUGACAACCUGGCUCGCACACUGUUUGGAAAAGACGAGUUCGCGGGAGACCGCGAAAUCGCCUGCUUCCUCGCUUCGGCGGCCGCGGCAGCAGAGGCGGAGGCGGCGUCAAGCGCAACAGCAGCUUCACUGGCAGCAGCCGCAGCGAAUUUUCCCGCUCAAGAGACAGGGGGCACGCACUCUUCACAGCGCCCACCUCUGCUGAUUCCUAAAGCAACGAUCUCACUUGUCGCGGUUCCCAUCCACGCGGACGACCCCUCCCGUCGGUACAACCCAUAUCACCUGCGGAUUGUGAGCCGGGAGGUAGACGGGGGUCUGGGAGCAGGACGGGGGGACGAUUUGGAAGGCAUGCCCGACGAUGACGGAGAGACUUCUGGCAACUCGAGCAACGAAGAUUCAACUGGAGAAACAUUGCCACGAGUGCAAAAGGCAUCCUGCCCUCCUCAAGGUAAUCGCCGGCGGAGAAGCGCGGAACAGCGGGGUUCUCCGGGAACAGCCUUGGGGCUGGAGGAAAAACAAGGGCAGGACGACUGCAGAGAUAUCGAGAGGGCGUACAUUUGCUCGGACGGGGUCACGUACGUCAACGUUCACGGCGAGACGACCUUUCAGUCUCUGAACCAAUGGAGCAAGGAAAAGGAGCGAUUUGACACCUUGAGUCGGAUGAGAUUUGUACGCAGGUAA